AUGUGGAACGAUACAUACGAAAUAGACUUCUGGGAUUACUUCGACGCGACGGAGGCGAGCGAGCCAUCAGCGGCCUCCGUUCCGGCGCCGGACCAGGGUUUCGUGCUGAUCCUGUACAGCGUACUGCUUGGCAUUGGCACUGUUGGCAAUGUGGCAGUGUUUGCCUCGUUGCUGAGGUCGAGGCGAAGGAAAUCGCGCGUCAAUCUGCUCAUGACGCAUUUGGCAGUUGCUGACCUGAUUGUCAUCUGCGUUAUUAUACCGCUAGAGAUCGGGUGGCGAACCACUAACGCCUGGAUGGCAGGCAACUUGGCCUGCAAGUUCUUUCUUGUGCUGCGGGCCUUCGGGCUUUACCUCUCCUCGAACAUACUCGUCUGUAUUUCACUCGAUCGGUUUUUUGCGGUCCUGUAUCCACUAAGAUUGGCGGUCGCCAGGUCACGGAGUAAGACAAUGCUGUGUUUUGCGUGGUUCAUCGCGUUAUUCUGCAGUUUACCACAGAGCCUCAUCUUCCGCGUACUCCGGCACCCGGAGGUGCCAGAGUUCCAGCAGUGUGUGGCCUUCGACGCCUUCCCGAGCCACCAUCAAGAGCUCGCGUACAACGUGUUCUGCCUCUGUGCCAUGUACUUCUUGCCGCUGCUCAUCAUCACAGUCUGCUACGGCUGCAUUUUUUACGAGAUAUCUAAAAAUUCUAAGGAGAUAUCAGAGAAAAGCGUGUCGGACCACAGCCGCAUCCAGCUGCGUCGUUCGGACCGGCGGCCGCUGGCGCGCGCGCGGCGGCGGACGCUGCGUAUGACGGUCACCAUAGUCGCCGUGUUCGCGUGCUGUUGGAUGCCGUACGCCACCAUGACCUUAUGGUACAUGGUAGACCGGCAGUCGGCCAAGCACGUCUCGGCCCGGCUGCAGGAUCUGUUCUUCGUCAUGGCGGUAUCCAACUCGUGCAUGGACCCCCUCGUGUACGGGACCUACGCGCUGAACCUUAAAGCCAUCUUUACCAAGACGUUUAAGAAGAUCUUCUGCAUACAUGCCGCCAGCAAUGAGAUCACACGGAUGUCUGCGCACGCCACUCUGAAGACUAAGCUACCGACUAACGACUUGCAUCCGGCUCCAGUACAAUGCAGCAGUGUGCGUCGGUACAGGGUGCGCUUCCAAGAAACAUCUCUCGGCGGGCCCAGCGUCACGUCCGACCCCGUGCCCUGCUGGCGCGAAUACUCCGACGACGAACGCAAGAUCAAACCCUCCAGAAGCUGCGAGGUGUUCACAUUGCAGACGCCACGGGACUAUUAUUAAGUAGAAGUUGCGGGGUGUUCACAUUGUAAACGCCGAGAGAUUAAUAUUAAACAUCAGUUACGAGGUGUUCAUAUCGCAGACGCCACGGGACUAUUAUUAAAUGUGGCGUACCUACCUAACCUCGUAAGUCCGGCGUAGUCAGCAUCAAUAGUAGCCGGUGAAAAACCGCAACAAAAAUAUCUGACAUCUUGAAUAACUUUUCUAAAUAUGGAUAAAUCGUACAGUUUGCUGUCAGAAAUCUCAGAGUUGAUUGUUAUUACAAUGUCUUUUUGUUUAGCUGUUACAGAAUGGUACCUAGUUAAUUCUGAAGUGUUGUUUGAUCCGCUAAUUUUGAUGCUGACUGUACUUGUACGAGUACAAAUUAUAAACUUGUAUAGAAAUAAAAGAAAGCUCCAUUUCAAAAUCGGAAAAAUCGGUUGGGACUUACGAGGCCAAAGGGUCCUUCGUAUGCAUUAAGGAGGAAUUUCAAAUACUACAAACGGGACUCAAUCGCUUAGAAAUAAGUUUUUGAACUAACCUUCGACGUUUUAAAGGUCUCAUAGACCGAGAGAAUUAGGUAGGUAUGUGUAAAAAUCGUGAAAAUUUUUACUGUUUCGAAAACUUUCUUAUUGCACAAGGACAAUUUUUCGAUGGAAACCCACAAAUAAACCAACGUCCCUACAAUUCUUAAGACUGAAAAAUAUUAACAUGAAUGGUAUGUAUGAUAAAAAAAAGCUUUGGAAAAUAUCCUAGUAUGUACCUGACCUAUUAAUUAUCUCUUAUGACUUUCCAUAACAUUCCGAUUAUGUACCUCUGGCGUAAAUUUCAUUCAAAAACUUGACGUAAAUGUGUCAGUAAAUCCACAGUAGGUAAACCUGAUUCGAUUUUCCGGCCGGAAACCGUCAAAACCCAGGAAUCUGUACUAAAAAAAUUUACCGCUUUCCGAACCGCCGAACAGAAAAAUAGUAUACACACCUUGGCCAGUACAUAAGGAAGCCUCAAAUCAAAUGUUUUUUGACCACGGCUCCGCCUUCACCGACAAUUACAUUUUCUCAAACAUGCAAUGAAAUAUUGUCUUUACGUUCCUUAAAAUGGGCUGGGAAGUAUCGCUUUUUGGGC